AUGAACCCCAUAAACCUCGCGUUUGGAGCUAUCAAACUCCCCAGCUUGUUCUCAACCUGCCUGGAUGUCAUCGAGAAAAUUGACGACUACAGGCAUUUUAGGGCUGAUGAGCGUGCUUUAGCUAUUCAGUUCGCAUCCCACAGACUGCGAUUCAAAAAGUGGGGGAAAGCCCUUGGGCUGAGUCGCGAGACGAUAGAUCCCUCUGAAAAGCGGCACGAGGCUCUCACAGAUCCGGAAACGCUGCAAACAGUACGCCAUAUUAUUGAUGCAGCGCAAGAAAUCUUGAACAAGCAAGAAAAAAAUAGCCAAAGUGAUGAUAUCCUACGGAAUGAUACCAAAGCAAGAGUGGCGAAGGUUGCAUGGGCACUGAGAGGCAAAAGUAGGCGGGAAGGACAAGUAGAGCUAUUUGGGCGACUGGUUCAGCAUCUAUACUACCUGGUUCCCAUCGACGCCUUGCCACAGCUCAUGAUAGGGCUUGCAGUCCAGGAUGGUUCGCAGACAAUGGCCAGCAAUGCGCCUUGGGCUUCCGAAAUGAAGACUGUCCUUAAAAAACUAGAAGAUAAGGCAGAAACAGAAAUACUGCGCGAGCUGCACGCCUGGUUGUCUCAGUACCCUCCCAAUGAGAUUUUUGAAGAGGCUCUUCAGGCUCGACUUGACGAUACCUGUGGCUGGAUCCUCGAACGGCUAGUAUUUAAGGAUUGGUUCACUCUCCAGGGAGACGAACUGAAGCUCAAACUGUUAUGGAUCAACGGACCUGCUGGCUUUGGGAAGACCAUACUUUGCGCCGGAAUAGUCGAACAUCUAUUGGCAACAGCUAAAACACCCGUCGCCUACUUUUUCUUCUCGUCUGAUUUUGAGAGCCGAAAUGACCCAUACGAGGCGAUUCGAUGUUGGAUUUCCAGCAUCAUGUUCCAGAAUAAGAUUAUUUUUGACUGCGUGCGCAUGAGUCGAGAGACUCAUCUUGGAUCCGUAGCAACUCGGACUGUCACUAUGCGGUUGUUACAAGAAAUAGUCCACAUUCUUCCAGGGUGUAUCUUCAUAAUUGAUGGGCUUGACGAGUGCACUUGGCUGGGGAAUGAUACUAUCCGGGCCACUGACUCUAUAACACACUUUUUAGAGCAUCUGGAUCAUGCAAUUGCCGACUCAGCGACAAGAAUUAUCAUCACCAGCAGAGAUGAGCCCAUGAUUCGAGCUGGCAUUCAGAACAUGGAGAGCGCGAUACUUGAGCACAGAAUCAGCCCAGAUGACAUCAAUAGCGAUAUUCAAAACUAUUCCAGAAGUAUUGUUGAGAAAAAAUUGUUUAAGAAAAGCAAGAUGAUUAAGGAAGAGAUAUCUCAAAAAAUGGCAACGCAAUGCGCCGGACAGUUCCUUUGGCUUAAGCUGCAGGAAAAUUCUUUACGAGCAUGGAAAAAUUUGAAGCAGCUACAAGACACGAUUGAUAAAACUCCUUCUGGUUUAGAAGGCCUGUAUCAAAGAAACUGGGCUAGAAUGGCACAGCUACCGGAAGAGGAGAGGCAUAGAGCUUUUACGUUGCUCCGUUGGGUCACAUUCGCAGCAAAGCCUUUGACAGUCGCUGAACUCACAGAAGCCGCGCUGAUCAGCAUUAAUUGUGAUGAAUAUCCCCUGGGCGAUCUUCCAGAUACAAUUGACGACGAAUAUAUUAACAGCGAAAUACUUGGGCUUUGCGGCUCACUUUUGAACAUUUACGAAAACUCGUCAGAUCCUGGAUCAAGUACUGUGCGACUCACCCAUUUUUCUAUAAAACAAUAUUAUCUCUACCAAGACCCGCAUUCUAGAAGCAUUCUUAUCCAAAACGAACAUUUGAGACAUUCCAACGAAAAAAGAGAAAACACGAUCAUCGCACAAAUCUGUCUUCGAUAUAUCCAAUAUGAAGAGGCAUGGGGAAUAUCUGCUUCAAACAAUUCAAGUCAGGUACAGGGAUCUUUUAGAGAUUAUGCGGCGGAAUUCUGGUCUCACCACGCCCGAGAAGGUGACGAAGAAGAUGGCUUGAUGAAUAAACUCAUCGAUGCAUUAUUUGAUAGUCAUGAUUUGACUAUAUGGGAACGUUGGAGAGAGUAUUACGACUCAAAAGAAAAGAGUAGAGCGGAGACCUCGACGGAAGACAGCAAGAGUGAAGACACAAAGAGAAAACAAAAGGAUCUUGCGCCCUUUACGCAACCCAGUCCGAUAUUUUAUGCAGCAAAACUCAACUUAACGAAUCUUACGCUAAGAUUAAUCCGAAAACACCCGGAUCGAUUGGAUGAUAGAUCUAUUUCCGGGGAGACAGCGCUUGCUGCAGCUUGCGGAAACGGCAACGAACAGAUUGCUCAAACAUUAAUAUCAUCCGGUGCAGAUAUCAGCUUGAAAACUUGGAGCGGACAAUCUCCUCUACAUCUGGCAGCUCGCAACGGUCACUUGAAUCUGGUUCGGCUUUUGCUAGAGAGCGGGUCGGAAGUCAACGGCGCCGGCUUCCACCAGGCCACGCCUCUACAUAGCGCAGCAGAAGCAAAACAGACUGAGAUAGCUAAGCUACUUUUACAAUACGGGGCCAAUGUCAUUGCUACAGACUCUGACGGGCACCCUCCCCUAUUCUUUGCACUCAGGAGAAAUGAUAUCAACAUGGCACACCUGUUUAUUGCCGCGGCCCCGGAUCAAAUAAAACAGGCGGGAAAGUAUUAUAAGUGGCUGCCACUUCACUUUACAGCUCAUUUCGGCAUUGUGGAAUCUAUGAGGCUCCUCCUUGACUGCGGAGCGGACCCCGAUCUUGUUAGCGACCUGGGAAGUACUGCAUUAGCCCUUGCUACCGAUAAUAGCGAGAUCGUUCAUCUGCUUAUUGAAAAAGGGGCCGACCUGAAUAUACGAGAUAGCAGCGGGAAGACAGCCAUGAUGUUUGCAGCUUGGGACAAGAACUCUGAGAUCCUCCGGAUGCUAGUAGAAAAUGGAGCUAAUCUGGACAUGGUUGAUGAUAAAGGCGUCUGCGCUUUGCACUACGCGGUUGUCAGCGGUUCGGUUGACUGUGUCCGUAUUCUCCUCGCGGCAGGAGCUGACCAAGAACUUUUAAUGAGUGAAAAUGAAUACUCGCCUCUUCUUCUUGCAUCAGAAGAUGGGCAAACUGAAAUUGUCAGGCUGCUGCUCGAGAAUGGAGCAAACCCUGAGAUUAAGACUACUGAACCCACAACACCGUUAAGCGUGGCCAUUGCGGGACGCCACGCCGAAGUCGUGAGCAUUUUGCUCGAAUAUGGGGCAGAUUACACUGCAGCCUUCUUUCGCUCAGCGUUAGUUCCGUCAGUCUUUGCAGCCAGUCUCGGACAAAUUCCAAUUCUCGAGGUCCUCCUUAGUUAUGGCGUUGAUAUUUCUCUUCCAACUCCACGAGGUAUCACUCCACUGAUGGGAGCGUCGAUGGCCCUUCAAUUGUAUACUAUGCGAUUUCUAUUGGAUAAAGGAGCUGAUAUCACCGCAGUUGACGGUAGCGGUCGCUCUGUGCUAUUCUAUGCCGCUGAACAGGGCGGCGCAGAUGCCAUAAAGCUUCUCCUCUCGAAUGGCGCUAAUGUCUUUGCAAUUGACAAUGAUGGAUGGACAGUUCUUCACUUUGCGGCUUUCAGAGGGCACGCAGAUGUCGUUCGUGUACUUCUUGAAGCAGGAGCUGAUAGACAUGCAACCAUUCCGCGUGGAUAUACAGCUCUGUUUUAUGCGGUGGGAAGGGGGCAUAUUGAAACUCUACAUGUCUUACUGGAUGCAGGUUUAACAACUUUGGAUCAAGCUGAGGAUAGUAUACUACAUGUGGCAUCGUUAUAUGGACAAUUUGAGGUCAUCAGAGACCAGCUACGCAUAUCUGACCAAGGAAGCAUAGAUCAAACAGAAGCUGAAGGACGAACACCUCUCUUCAAUGCCGCAAUGCGCGGAUACGGUGAUAUAGUUGAGUUACUGCUUUCACAAAAUGCUGAUGUUAACAAACGAGACCGUUAUAACUCUUCUGCAUUAUUCGCUGCGGUACGAAAUGAACAUCUGGAGGUUGUAAAACAGCUAUUGGCAAUAGAUCAGGUGGUUCUGGACUAUGAAGAUUGCUUUGGACGAUCAGUGUUUUCCUGGGCAUACAGAAGCAAGAAUCGCGAGCUGAUUGAACUUUUGGAGCUCGCCGCCGCUAAAAGGAAACUCGAGGUUCAAAGCCACGCCGACACUUCAGCCCCGUCGGAGAGUUAUACUUUUGGCCUGAAUACUUCUUGGUGUGAUAUAUGCACACGAUGUAUCCGGCUUGGCGCCAAAUAUUUUGAAUGCAAAUUAUGUGCAGAUUUUAUGAUCUGUUCGGAGUGCGCCGCUGCCGGGUUGAAGUGUCGGGAAACCUCACAUGUAUGGGAAUCUAGAUCUUAAACAGUUCCAUUUACGUAAUUUUCAAGCGCGUCUUCGAGGACCCCGUUGGCUUUUUCCCUCAUGGUAAAUGGAGGUGGAUGUAUACUGUUCUAGCGCUCAAUACAAAUUUGUCUAAGUAAGGCUGCAAUCGUCGCAAGUUUCCUAUUGCUCGGGUGCUACAUAGAACAUUAUCCUAUUUUUCUCUAUAUAAGUGUAUUUAUUAUAAACAUUCUGGUCAUCCCUUAUAU